AAUCAAGCAAGCAAGCAAGCAGCUCGAGCUCAAGCGCGUUGCCGGCGGUAGUACCACAGAGGUGCGGUUUCACAUCAAUUUGUGAUCGCGUUGACGCUGCAAGCCACCUGUGAGCGAUCGCGCGAACCGUAGAGCAGCAAGAGGCCUCACCUGUGGAGGAGGCGACUCUGGUGGUCUGGACCGCAGCCGCGCCGGCCAACCGCGGCCGAGGGCUCACACCGGAGGACGAUGGUCGUACCCGACAAUGUCGUGACAGCCGUGAACGAAGGCGACGUGAGCACGGUGGUUGCCUGGCUCGACGGGGGAGGCGACGUGAACGACACCGCCAGUCACAGCAGCCCGUUUUUUCCGGGCGACACCCUGUUGAUGGGUAUACCGCAGGCUGACGGGGUCAGCACUCAGCAUAUCGAGUUGGCCAAGAUAUUGCUACAGCGCGGCGGGGACGUGAAUUGUAUUCCCGACGAUGGCGAAGACGAAUACUCGGCUUUACACUGCUGCCUCGAUUGUUUGGCUCCGGCCUUGGCUAAAGCAGUGAUCCUGGAAAUCAUUGGGAUCUAUCUAGCAGCUGGCGCAUCUGUGAAUCACAAGAAUUGGGGGGGAGAGACUCCUCUCUACAUGGCACUGAAGUACAAAAAUUGGUACACUAACGACCGACGGCGGCCAGCUUUCGAUAGCGUAAAGCUAUUACUGCGAGCCGGGGCGUCACUCGAUGAUGUAUGUGGCUCAUUAACGGCCGAGGAUGUCCUGGAUGUGCGCGGACGAGGUUUCGACGAGCUUGCUAACGACGAGCACUAUAUCGCGUGUAAGCAGCUCGUCGCCGACCUGCGCGCCGCGGGGAGUUGGAAAAAUUAUGCGCGCGUGCCGCCGAAGGAGUUGCUACGCCUCCGGUCGCUCGUGGCUCGCGGCCGCGCCCGGAGCAUCAAGCGCCUCCGCGCGAAGACCCCGCGCGAACUCGAACUUCUUUUCGCGCCGACCUUCCCGAACGAGCUUUGCUGGCGAGUGCUCAAGUACUGGAACCCCCGCCACGAGGCUCUAAGAGCGCCGUCGGCGUCGAGCCACACUGGAAACAACCUCCGUAUCAGCUUCGAGCGGAUGCCGUCGCAAGCGGCUCUCGAGAACAUCGCGCUGUAGGGCAAACCCACUCCCUGUGUAAUGGCCUGUGAAAGAGUACUAGUAGAGCACGAUAACACAAUGACUUAGGAGGCG